UCCGCACAGCGCCGAUCAAUAACGUCGUUCUCGGCGACGCCGGCGUCGGGAGCGUCGCUGCGUGAAGGCACUCGCAAGCAAUCGACGUGUCGCUACGAAAACUUGUACACGGGUGCGAUCGAAAAGGAGAGUCGCGUGAAAAAAAGAAACGAUUAGGAAUGCGACCCCUGCAUUUACUGCUGUUUUGCAUAACAAGACUUAUGUCAACGAAAAGUACCAGCCAUAUCCGGAGCCGGAAUCAGAUUUUUUCGGAUUCGAACAAUCUUUAGGACCCACCCACGACACGAUGGCUAAGAACGUCGGGGAAAGUCGGAUACCAGUACCACGCGCGGCACGGCCGUCUUUUUUCCCGAAAUCGAGAGUACUUGGUACGCCGACGCUUGUAUCUGGACAUCGACGUUCAUUGGUACUCCCGGGAUGUUUAUCAUUCGUCGAUGCCGAGGACGAGACCAGCGCUCCUAAAACAAAGUGCGGGACGCGAGCUGUGUCUACACCGUCGAUCGAAGAUUCGGGACAUAAGACGUUCACGAUAUCACCUGUAUGGGAUAUUGACAAAGAUGACGUGCAACAGUUGGUUCACUUUGCCGAAGAAAAGAGCAGCUUUUUCAGUUUGCUCGAAAAUUCUCAGUUGAAUAUGAUCGAGGACGCUGGUGAGAGCUGCCUCUUGGAAACGUCCCUAGGCAAUUAUAAUGAUAACGCAGUAAAUACACCACACUAUUUGAUGCUCAAUAAGCAGAAUUCCUUUGAACACGACGAAAGCCUCGGCAUAUUGACCCCCGACCAAAUGACCGACUUCACAGUUGCACUAGAGUGCUCCAGGACACCAUCCUGCGAAAAUCUUACGGGAUCAGCAGGCUCUAGAUUGGCGUUAACGCGAGCAUCUGCAUCGAGACCGUCAGCGGAUGUUGAGCCAACCGAAGAAGCUUCAAGCGAGAGAACACCAUCUCCGGAAGAGUUACCGCUCGAUCCUAAGCCAACGGAGCCUGUUAGGGGCACUGUUCCUAUCAGUUUCGUUACAUCGGUAACGAGUAUCACUAGUCUCGAGGCUGGUUAUCAAGGUGACGGUGAGAACUCGAGGCCAGCGAGUCGUGGGGCUGAUCCACCAUCCGUCGCACCACCGCCAAAUCUACCGGCUCCUUGCAGGCAAGAUCCGAUGACGGAUUCGGAUUUCUUUACGGAAAGUGAUGCUGACGCAUAUGAGGAAAUCGUACGUGGCGAUAGGAAAGCUCAAGUGAUCGACGGUACCCUCUUCUGCGCGCCUGGUGGUCGAAGAUGUCCGAGUUUUACAGGAGAAGAAAUGGAUUCGAGUGGGAUUUAUUCGGAUCUCGAUAAAAGACAGGAUGAACUUCAUGUUCCUGAGGAGGCAGUUGUGGAACACGAGGAUCACACUCCCGAUACUAUUGAUACGGAGGUCUCACAGAGGAGCCAGCCGACACCGAUCAAAGCGGAUGUUAUUAUGGAUUAUUUGCAGGCUCCUGUAAAUCCUCUGGAUGGAUCGGCUGACUCCAGCGGCUCGAUGAAUCCCACUGAUAUUACGAUAAUCGAAGUGGAAAGAAGCAAUGAUAAUAUGAGAUCGAAAACGCAGAACAAAGCUGAUUCAGUCCCAUUAAAAAAAUACAAGAUGCCUAAGAGGAACGUUGUUUCGAAAAUCAAGGCUAUGAUCGAGUCUGGACCGAAAGAUGAAACCGAGAAAGAAGCUCGACGUUUACCGAGAUCUGCUAGAAAGAGUGGGCGAUGGGACGCCGUUAUGAGCAAAAUCGAGGCUGGGAAAAGCGAACAAAGGACUAGAUCGAUCAGGAAGGAAGUAAAAUCAAGGGUACUCCAGAGCCUUAAUCAACCAUCUCCUACGGGAUCAACUCAAAAGAAAUCUGGUGAUGCAAAUAAUAACAAUAAUAAGGAUAAAAGGAGAAUACGUGGCCGACAAGAAAUAAAAUCGCCAAUCGAAGAAACUGCCAGAAGCUCCGUUCGUAGCUCCUUGAGUGAUCUCAGCACCGGACCUAACAAAGACGCACCAAAGAGAUCACCGACAUCGGUAAACCCACCUAGAAGACUGGUAGCAAACGGUCGUGGUAAUCAACAGAAUCGUGUCAACAGUUUCGACACGAAGAAGAACUGUGUAGAAAUUUCGCCUAUCAAUCUCGAGAAGAGCCCAUCAGCCACGCGAAAGCCGACAAUAACCAGGAGAUUAACUACUGUCCCAGCGAAGCAGCAUAAUUCAACGAUAUCGAUAAAAGAUCGCGAAACUAAGGAGCACAAUAAUAGCUAUGUGGUGACAAGAGCGUCUUUAGAGACGCGAGAUCAGGCCGCACAAACCGACAUACCUUAUGAUGCACUUCGCGUAAAACCGGCGGAACAAGUUAUACAAGCCCUUUCUAUCACCAUACAAUAUUUGGCCUAUGAGUUGGACGCCUUUUCUACCCCAAAACUAAAGAAAGAUUAUGAGAAUAUGAAAAAAGAAUGGAUAUCUUCGUGUACGGAAAUCGAAAAAUUAACAGCUAGAAACCUCGACAUUGAAGAUAGAUUAGAGUCGGAGAGAGAGAAUCAUCGAAAAGCCUUGGACCAUCUUCGUGAAGAUCUGGAAGCUCGACAUGCAGAACAAAUUGCCACCUUGGAAGCAGCCCUACAGGAGGAAAGGCGCAGGUGCGAGGUCAGAUUGCGAGAUUCUUUAAAUGAGGUCGCAAAGGAACAUCGUGCCGUAAUCGUGAAAUUGCGAACUGAACAAGAAGCUGAACUUAUACGAAGAGAAACGGAGUUUAAGAGGAGAUCUGUCGUUCACGAUCAGGGGGCUGCGCUGACAGCAGAAGUCGAAUCUUUAAGAUCGGUGCUAGAAAUUAAAAGCCAAGAGAACGCUUCUUUGAGAUCGGAUCUCGAUAAUAUUAAACGAGAGAUCGAGGACAAGGAAGCUUUGCAACAGCGUGUAGACACUCUUGAGGCCAGAUGCGAAGAUUUAAAAGCACAGCUUCAAUGUAAAGAGGCUGUGGAGAGGCAAAUAUCUCACGAUAACGAGGUACUGCAUGAAUCGAUUCAUCAAAUAUCCAAGCAGAACAAGCGUUUGGCACAACGUAACGAGGAAUUGCAAUGGAGAUUGCGUCAAAAAAACGAAGUAGUGACCGUUCUUGCGAACUUGACGCCUAGGCUUUCGCGUUCUUUAGGCCCGGAGCACGUCGAAAAUUCUCUCUCACCCGACAAGAACGGUCCGCAAUCUUCGCAAUCCAUGGUAAAGUUUAUGGUGGAGAAAGGUGACUCAGUUUCGUGGACGUUGGAAAUCGAUGACGAAUUCAAAGGAGGAUGCGAUGGGUCGUCAUUGGGAACACCACCCAAAAUGGGUAGAUCGGAAACAACGACAACAGUGUCGAGACAAGGAUCGCUUAGAUUGACGCCUAGAAGGGCUUCCGUAGAUAUGAGAGCGAGAUCCAAAAGUAUUUCCGUUACGGAUUCCACACGAGUCGAGGAAUCUGGAUGGGCGCCUACGUUUAAUUCUACACCGAAUGCUCGACGAAGACCCAGAAGCGACCCGUCUUCUUCAGCCUCGUCUACUUCUUCGUCAUCCUCUUCUUCUGCGACAGCAGUCACUACGAAUUCUGCAAUGGCCGUUGCCGUUGCUGCUGCGGCUGCAGCUGCUGCAGCGGCUGAAGAUUGUGGCGCAGGUCAAAGGCCUCAAGAAGCAGGUGGCGAAGCAAUGAUUUCAGAAGAAACGUCUGCCACGAGCAGUGAAGACGAAUCAUCCACGAGUAGCGAUAUUCCUCCAUUGCCAAUACAAUUUGCUUGGGGUAACGUUCAAAUCAAGUAACGUUCUCACGAUCCUCUUCAAUGUAUUAGAUCAGGCUAAUGUAUUAGAUUAAGUAAUAAGUUCGCUUUUCUUUACAAAAAUAUUUAUAUAACACACACCUAAUUGAUGCAUGCACUAUUUUGCUCCACGAUCUUUUGCCAUAUUUUAGGGAUUUAUUUAUUCCCUCACUGCAAAACUUCUCAUUUUUUUUUUAUUAAAAAAUUUUAAUUGUUUUUGUGUCGUUUCAACAAAGAAUCGUAUAUUCAGAUUUAUUCUAGUAAAUUUUUCUCGAUUAAUUUGUGCGAGAUACAAACAUCGGCUUAUUUGUAAUUCCAAGUUUGUUUAAAUGUAAUGAAACUGAUUUCUAUGAAUAUUAAAACUGUUAGUAAUGUCUCGAGUUGUGUAUCGUGGGUUUUGUUCAAUUAAUGAUAUUGCUAUUUCAUCAACAUUAAUCUUCAUUAGUCAUUCUGCCCUAUUAAAUCUUUUAAUUCAUUUUUGAGCCAUAUGUUUAUUAACUCUAGUAACAUACACAUUACAAAUAUUUUUUUUAUUUUUGUUACAUUUAUUUUCUCGAAAUGCGUACGCGGUUGAGACGAACGAACUUAUUACUCAAUCUAAUAAUUCGAUUGGAGCAAGUUCAUUCGGUGAUUCCAUAAUAAUUUUGUGGCAAUUACUCCAAGUAUUUCCGAGGAUAAUAUGAUGUCCUUUUACGCAAAUGAACGUUCACAUGGUUAUUUCAAACACUGUACGCGCACUUUUUCUAUUACUUCUGUACCUGUAACUUAUACGUUCGAUUGCAAACAGAUGGGAGAUAUAUAUUUUACCAAACCAAUGAGACAGUUUCGAUGAUGUUUUGUCACGAUUAUAUAUAUUGGUAAAAUCGGUUGAAGAUAAAGAAGUUGAUUCUUACUUAGGUAUUUAGAUUAGAAACGGUGUUUUUAUGGUGUUACGAUAUUUUUUCAAAUUAUGACUCUUUGUAAUAUCACGAUUACUAUACCAACUUCUCUAUCUUCACAUCAACUCUGCUCUUUAGUUGUUAGAAACUUUGGUACGCGAGAUCGCACAAUGAGAAAUCGUUCGCUACAUAUGCGUUAUAGUAAUUAUGUUUUAAAUAUAUACAUAUAUGUAUAUACAUGCAUAUAUAUUUUGCGAUCUUAGGUACAUACUAAGAAUUUUGUUAUGUUUUUUUGCGUUUGUUUUAUGUAAGAGAUGAAUAGAGCGAAAUCAAAGUAUAUUUUCAUCUUUUGUACGUCAUUGUCACUGUAUCUUUUAGAUAGAAAAAUUGCGCGUAGAAGUUCGAUUAAUUUCGUUUGAAAAUUGUUUGUUAGUUUUGAUGUAGAUGUUGUGGGCUAUUGGCAAUUAUAAGCCAUGUAUUUUUCAAAACCAAGUCGAAUCGGGUCACUAUUUCUUUGAUUCGCGACACUUUUACACAUGUCCAUUUUAUAAGGUAUGAUGCGUUUAUAUUACGUCUGUACAUAAAUAACAACGAUGUUUAUAAAUUAAUUAGUCUUUAUCGCAAAUAUUGUAAAUAGACAACGACCGUCAAAUCGAUCCUGUCCUCGAAAAAAAUGUCGAUGAGCCAUUCGCUGUGUUUACCGAAGAAUGCUAUUCUUCAUUGAUAUGCAGCUUACCGAACAGUACGAUUAUUAUGGUUCGUUGCAUUAAAUCAAUUACUUGCCAAUCUUUUAAGACAUAAUACCAAUUAUCGUUAAAAUUGCAACUUUUGUAACAUUGAAAUUUCAUUUUGUUGUAAUGCGCUUACGCAAAGGAAUGUAUUAUAUAUUCAUAAUACAUCUUCGACAUAAAAAGAAGAAAUUAAUAAUAUUCUUAACGUCACAUGUUUUAAUUGCCAAAUACUGAUGAAUUGAUACAUUUAUCUGUAUUCCCUUUUACGUACAACAUCAAAUCUACCAGAGACUAUGCUGUUUCAGGUGCGACUUGUUAACCAACUACUAUAUGAAAAGAUAGUCGGUUGGAUAAAAAGUUGAUAUUUAAAGCAAAAAAAAAAAAAGAGAAAAAAGAAACUCCGUUCCAUGGACAAGAAGAAAAGUACAUUCGGUUACAGUAGUGUAGGAAUAUAAGAGCAAGCAAGUAUUAGUCGCCGAGAAGUGUGUUUUCUCUCACUUGUGCUGACAAAUUCAAUGUAUUAUAUACCUAUCAAAUAAAUACUAUCUGAAUUAAAGCAAA